GCAUUGUUAGGAGAAUCUUAAAGAACACAAGGCGAUCCACAGCUGUAUCGAUCAAAAACGGCGCGAUCACUAUACGGCCGUGGCGGGCAGAAAGUGAUGAAUCGGACCGUUGCCAAACAUACCGCUGAAAGUGUUAAGAUUAGCGUGUCACGAGCUUCAGGCGAGCUUCUAGCUUGGGACCGCCCCGGAACAGCAUGUCUCGCAACUUCAGCGCGAACCAGCUAGAGAGAGAGUUCCGGCCGACACGUCUGGGCAACUGGGAGGUGCCCAAGUGGUUGCCGCAGCGCCCCAGGGCCCGCAAGACAACUACCAAGAUCAUCGCCAACGAUCGCGGUCACCUCCUGCCCGGCGUGCAGCGUCCUCCGCAGAACCCUUGGGGAUCCUUCAGAGGCACCUGGCAACUGCCCAACAAGAUUUCCAGGAAGUAUGCCUCGGAGCUGACCAGGCCGACUGGAGCUUUGACGUCAUGGGAGAAGCGAUCUGCUCAUGUGCCGAUCAUAGAACCAACUAAACUUCCUCCGGCAAGGCCUAAAAGUGCACCAAGUUUUGGAAAUUCAAAUAAAGAACUUGAUGACUUUUGUAAAGUUCACAAGGAGCCAGUUGAACACAACUUGAAACAGAUUGAGUACAGAGAGAGUCCACGUAAAUUGAGUCCUCUACCCAUCAACGACCGGCAACUGUACGACAAACACGAUGAAAAUGAUUACUCUCGUACACUGGCUUACGAUCGGGCUCCACAGGUUGUCAAUACAUCACAGAAUGUGCAGGACGAUAUUAACGAGUACACAAAGACUGUCCAGUCUCCAUUGUUAGAAGAGAAGCGCAAUGGGUUCAAACGGGAUCCGUCUCCACCAGACUCUGGUGUGGACUUAGACUACCCUCCUCAGGGCCCCCCGCUGGCCAGCGUGUAUUGUAGCGCUCAGGUCGCCAAGAACUUGGCAUUAGACAACCAGAAACAUCAACCGUUGCCUGACACCAUUGAGGAUGCUUUGUACAGGUCAAUGCAGCUGAAGCAAGCCAAACACCCAGGAAUGGGACUAAAUGUGGAGCCCAGAGCCCUAGCUGUUGGGGUCAAAGGUUACGGAGCCCCCGCUCCAACUCAGUGCAGCAAACUGAAGGUCUAUCGACCAAAAACUGCUGGAGCCCUGCAACGACGAGAGUCCCACGAUGAAGUUCGGCCCAAGACAUCACAACCUAAACGUAAAGAGCACAUGUCAGAGAUAGAGCUCGCACUCUGCUGGGACUUCAAGCCUGUCAAUCCAUCAGAUGAACCGAAACGAUCCCCUCACAUUGACGGAAGCAAUGGAAGUGCUGCCCCGGCUGUAUUUGCAAUGGUACAUCAACCUUCUCCUAUCCCUCCAGAAGAUGCUAGACCGUCACCUCGUCCCUCUCUGGAACAGAAGAAAAUGGAGAAGAGGCUUUCCGCUGAUACUAUAAAGUCGAUAUCGAGAGAAAGUGCUGAUAGGGCAAGAUCCAGACCUAAAACUGCUUGGUCGGAUGACACAAAAGCAAAGCAUUUACAGGAGCGUUUGAAAAAACUCCAAGAAAGGUCUAACCCUUCUGCGGUAAUGGAUAUUAUAAACAAUAACGCUAAGGAGAACAGCAGUCCCAACAUUCUUCCAGGAGAAAGCAGAAAAAGUUCUGCAGCCUCACAUGAUUCCCGAAGAAAAAGUCUAAGUGGCCAACACUCAAUUAAGUCGUCUGAAUUAGAUUCACAAAAAUUAUCAAAAGAAAAACACUAUCAAAGCUCACCAAAUCUCACAACAGCUGGUGUUCAUACAAAUGGUAAAAACGGAAAGAAUAGGUUACUGAACUCUCGGCCAUGUAUGGCAUGUGAUUUGAAAACAUCACCUCCGGGGUCUCUUCAAGAGGCAAAGAGACCUAAAUCGGAUUACAAAAUGGCAUUCAAGGCUGGAAAGCCAAAUGGCAGUGGUAACGAUAAUUUAAACGGGAGUCAAGAUGUUUCUAGUACUUCGUCUAGACCUCAUACUGCCAAACAACUUCAGAUACCAAAAAUGAAAGCACCUUUUGCCAAAAAGAGCUAUUCAAUCGGAACAUUAGCUCCUCCGUUCUCUCUGUGGCCUGGAACAACGGGACAGGACUAUCCGGAGCACUGGAGACUAGCUUCUGUAUACCAGCAUUCUUUCAAACCGGUUGAAUUGAGGAGAAAACCACUGCUACAGAGUGUUUAUCAAUAAGUCCAUAUACACAACAUUCUUUUAAUAAUAAUUUUUUAUAUAAAAAGAGAAAAUAAACUUUUACAAA